AAAGUGCUAACAAAACUGGUAAAGGCAUCUCAAAAUGGGAAUUUUUAACAGAAAUGAAUGAAAUUUUUGGCAACCGGGAGAAUGUUCAUCCAGAUUACCGUAUUAACAGCACGGGAGAGGUCAUUACAAAUAUUGCUCAACCGAAAAAAAAACCAUUCAUUAAAAAGAAAAAAGCAUA